GUGAGUCACACAAAAGAGUGACGUCGGAAAGCCUAAGGUAUAAACAGCGGGACGGAAAGCUUGUCUGAUGCCAGCUGGUCUCCCGGAGAUCCGAGGAAACGAGACGGGGGAAUUCGAGAAAAGGAGAAAGGGGGACAUGAAGGAACAAUGGCAGACCACUCUGAGAAUCCUUGGUGCUCUCAUGGGACCUCUGCCCUCCAUCCCGCUGUGAAUUCCCCCUCGCCCGGCCUCCUCCUGCCCUGAGAUGUUCUCCAGAAGGAAGCCCCCCAGGCCCUGCCCCGCCCUCCCCAACGUGAUCACGCCGGACACAAUCCCCACCUUCUUCAUCCCUCCCAACUUGGCCAGCCUGCAGGGGCGGUGCAGGAGCGACAGCCCCGACGGCCGUGGGAUCCUGGCCCGGUCGGCCGAGCAGCACGUCAUCCAAGUGGAGAGCCUGGAGGAGGGGGAGGUCCAGGCCGUGGGGCGCCUCUACAGCACCUCCUCCAUGCCCCACCUCGCCAGCCCCGCGGGAUUGCCCUUCCUGCCCGAGAGCCCGCACACCCGCCGCCGGGAGUCCCUCUUCCAUGGCGGACGCCUGCCGUGCCGGUUGCAAGGGGCCCGGUUCACCUCCCCGCCGACGAGGCCUUCCCUGCAGCCCGGUUUGAUGUUCGACAGUGACACAGCCUCCUCCACCGAGACGUCCCCUUUCAGCUCUCCCCUGCUGACGCGGCCUCUGAGCUGCCCUCCGUUCUGUCCGGCCUACCGGCAUCGCCGAAGAUUCGCCUUCUGCUCCAGCGAACUCGGCGCUGCCCCACGGCCCAGCUCCCUGUCCCCAGAGGAGACCAGCUCUGCCGACACCAGCCCCAGCUUUCCGCGGCGGGAGAAGGAUCCCCCCUGGGGCUCCCCUGCCCCGCUGCCGCUCUUCCCGCUGGACCUGAUCCGUUGCCACGAGCGGCUCACCAAGGAGGUGGUGCUGACAGUGAGCAAAGGCGGGCGGCUGAGGCUGUCCAGCGAGUACCUGCAGCCCCAGGGGCGCCUCCGCGUCCGGCUGGUGUGCGCCGAGGCCUUCUACCCUCCCCACUGCGACCCGCGACACUUCAGCUGCUGUGUCUCCUUGCAGCUGCGGCCCGGGGAAGGCCUGAGGCAGCGCAGUGCUGUCGUCAAGAGGAGCCGCAACCCCAUCUUCAACGAGGACUUCUUCUUUGAGGGCGUCUCCCCGGAGGAGCUGUCCAGGUGCAGCCUGAGGCUCAAGGUGCUUAACAAGGGCUCCGGCCUCCGGAGGGACGCGGUGCUGGGGGAGUGCGACGUCCCGCUGGAUUGCCUGCUGCCCUGAAGGGGGUGUCGGUGGGCGGGCAACUCCCCGACAGGAAGUUGCUGCUGUCGGCAGGAAGUCGGUUCAGUUGGCAGGAAGGGGCAUGGGCAACUCACCGACAGGAAGUGGAUGCUGUCGGCAGGAAGUCGGUUCAGUUGGCAGGAAGGGGCAUGGGCAACUCCCCGACAGGAAGUUGCUGCUGUCGGCAGGAAGUCACUUCCAUUGGCAGGAAGAGGCGUGGCUUCUCUUGCUCAGGGUCUUCCAUCUUAGCAAAGAGGGUCUUUUUGCCAGUCCAGCAUCUCACCAUGGGACACCCAAAGCCUGUGGUGGGAAUCCCUCAAGCCCACUCUGCCGCCAUUGUGUCAUGGAAGACCUCUGGGCCGCAGCCGGAUGGGUCCUGUUUCGAAUCAAUCUGUGGACAGUGUGAAAAAACAGCUCUUCCUGUGUUUUGAGCCGCCGGGCUGCGUUUGACAACAACACACACACAAACACCCUGCAAAUAUUUCCGGGGGAAAGGUCUCAAAGUGGGGACUCUGGUUACCACAUCCAGGCUCAUGACUGGAUGCCAACAGCAGAGGGCGCUGUCGGGCUACACAUUUCAGCACUUGGGUGCCACCAACACAGCAGGAGAAUCUGUAGUUUUGGAGGUGGCCAAUUGUUGGGGCACCAAGAGUGAGGCCCUCUGAGGCCCAUGGCACUGGCCUGACUGGUCCCUCAAUAUGAGCCGCUGGAAUGUGUAUCUCCAAGGUGACACAUUCCUAUAUUGCAGGGAAAACACACGCACUGAGGGCGGGGAAUACCCAAUAAUAAUAAUAAUAAUAAUUUAUUAUUUGUACCCCGCCCAUCUGGCUGGGUUUCCCCAG